AUGUUUAAACAAUCAAUUCCAAAAUUUACAUUCAGAAGAUUUGCAUCUCAUUAUGCACCAUCAAAACAUUUAAAAGAUGUAGCAUAUAAACAAGAUUUACCAAAGGGUAAAGAAUUUAUCAAAAAUUAUGAAGAAAAAGUUCAUCAUUCAGAAAGUAUAACUAAUCUUUGGAAAAAAUUAACUUAUGUAGUUGCAAUUCCCGCAAUUUUUUUAGUUGCUAUUCCUGUUGGAAAAAUUGAAAUGGAUCAUGCUAAACAUAGAGAACAUACAAGACAUUUAAGUGAUGAAGAAUGGCCUCAACAAUAUGAUUAUCAAAAUAUUAGAUCAAAACCUUUCUUUUGGGGUGAUGGUGAUAAAACUUUAUUUUGGAAUAGUGAUAUAAACAGACAUGUUCAAAAUUAA